GGGAGAGCUUGUGAUUGUGAUCAGGACGCGCUUACAUGCACAUGGCUACUUGCCCAGUCGGGCACUUGUAUACUCACUGCGAGCUCAACUGCCACUGCUACGAAUCUUCUUACGACUAGCUUCGUUGGGAUCGCUCCUGAUAACUCUAGUUCUCUGCUCCCACUGCGUGCGUGUAUAUAAGGCAGUUACCCCCUCAACCAAAUCAUCACAAGCUAGACACUUGGCUGCAUCUCAUCAGCUUUGCCUGAAACACGAGCAUUCCCCCCAUCCAGUUCCUGUUUCUCCUUCAUAGGCAUCUAGCAAUCGAGGAGCAAGCAAUGAAGCAAAAGAUUGUCAUCCAGUUGAGCAUGUCGUGCGACAAACGCCGGUCCAAAGCACUGACGCUUGCCGCGAGAGCUGCCGGGGUGACGUCCAUGGGGAUAACCGGCGACGCGAGGGACCAGCUGGAGGUGGUCGGCGACGGCGUCGACUCGGUGUGCCUCGUCAGCUGCCUCCGCAAGAAGCUCGGCCACGCCCAAAUCAUCAAGGUGGAGGAAGUGAAGAAGCCGGAGGAGAAGAAGAAGGAUGAGCCGAAGCCAGAGCCCGUGCACCCGCCGCCCUACUUCUUCUACCCGCCCAGCUGCUCCUACUACCCCCACCAGUACCCGCUCUACUUCUGACCAUGUAACUGCCGGACCAUGCAUGUAGCUGCGAGAGAGCGAUUUUUACGUGCUUUAAUUUUGAUUUUUGUCAGCAACUACAAAUAGCUACAUGCGCGCGUGUAUAUUAAUUCAUUGAAGGAAACUCUAUCUAUUUAC